GGUGUAGAUAAACCUUCCUGUUGACUUAUUGUUGGUUUUGGGUUGGCUGGUCACACAUGUACUUUUUAAAUUGCUUUCAAACAGCCCAUGGCGAAUUGUAGAUGAUUGUGGAGGUGCCUUCUCUAUGGGAGUAAUUGGAGGAUCAGUUGUUCAUGCCAUUAUUGGAGCAAGGAACGCACCUGCAGGGUACAGACACAGACUGAUUGGUAGUUUUCUUGCUGUGAAACACAAAGCACCAGUAGUUGGAGGUAACUUUGCUGUAUGGGGAGGUUUGUUCUCAACAUUUGAUUGUGCAUUGGUCCACAUAAGAAAGAAGGAAGACCCAUGGAAUUCAAUCACUAGUGGAGCUCUGACAGGUGCCGUCUUAGCUGCAAGAAAUGGGGCUGUGGCUAUGGCAGGUUCUGCAAUGAUUGGUGGGAUUCUACUUGCCAUGAUCGAAGGUGUUGGAAUUCUCAUGACAAGAAUGUCUGCAGAGCAGUUCAGACCAGUUAACCCACAAAUGGAAGACCCAUCACAGUUGGAUCAAAAGGGUCCUUCGUUUGGAACUCAGUUUCAAUGAUGAAAAACUAAUUAUAUGAGAAUGAAUGGACUUGUUUCUAUAUGUGUACCUGGAGUGAGUACACCUUUAUUGACCAUGGAUUACAUCAUCAGAAUGUACCCUGAAGGCAGCAGCUGGAUCAAGUGUUUGGAAAUCAGGGAAAAUCUGCCCUACAUUUGAAGGAAGCUGAGAUAAGACUUGGAUGUGUUGUGAUACAAUGAUUGAGUCAACAAUGGCGUCUCCUGAGCACUCAGAGUCUAGCAAUUCUAGUGGUAUCUCUGAUUGUCAAUUGUUUUAAAACUGUACUAAUUUAUCACCUGAUUUAUUGAAUGUCUAAAUGAUGGGCCUGGAAAAUGUUUAAUUCUGUGAUUAGAAAAGACAAAAAAGGAGGUUCGUUGAAAUUUGAACCAUGAGUACAUAUAAGAUAUCAAUGGAAGGUCAUGGGUAAGAAAUAUACAGUAUAUUUGAUCCUUUAAAAUAUCAGUAAAUUCUACCUUUUCCAUUCUUGCAUAAAAGCAACACACACACACCUUUAAAAAAAAGAGGAUUGAAAAAUGUGUGCUGUCCAUAUUGAUGUUUGAAUAACAAAGUUGACGUUGAAUAACAUAUGAUUAGAAGUAAUAAAAAAAUAAUUUUUUUCACAUUUAGUUGACAAGGAUUUGGUGCUGUCAUGCAAUGUAAUUCUGAUUAUGUGUACAUGUACUUGACAACUAUUAAAAUCAAGAUAUAAUUUUUCUUUAAAACUUGAAUUAAUAUUGAUGAUUCACUACUCCUCCCAAAAUAUACCACUUGACAUUUAAGCCAGAUACAGGUGCAAUUCAUGUCUUCAUGUGUAGGAAUAAAAUAAAAAUCAAUAAACUACAUGCAGUGGAGAUAUAUGGUCCCCAUUCUAUAAUUGAUUAAUUUCAGUGAAUAUGUAUUUAUAUUUUUAUACACAACAAUAAAUAUCACACGAGUGGAAAAUGAAUUAGAAAACUAUAUAUGCAGUGAUCCAUGUGAUCCAUGUUCGAAAAUUGCUGCAUUUUAGUGAAGAGGUGUCCUUUGGUAUAUAUUUCAUCCACUGAUGUUUGAAUUUAAAAGCAUUUAAUAGUACUUGCAAGUUGUAUGGUAGUUUUCAGUUGUGUGGGUUUUUAUGCUGCUAUGAAAUGUUUGCAUUUAGUGGUACCUAUAGUAUAUUCAAAUAAUUCAUUUUUUUUUAGAGUGGAGGGGGGUUUACACAAUGCUUGUAUUUAUGGGUUUAUACAAGAGAAUCGGUCAUAGUAACUCUCAAAGUAUCCUAACACACAAUAGUGAGCUUUAUGUUGACAAUUACUUGUUUUUACCUCUUUAACCCUAAAUCUCCCGUGGUAUUUUGAUUCUUGUCAUUUCCGGGGGGGGCCAUUAUGGCCCCCCCUUAAGAUCUCGGCCGCGGAUUGCGCGAUCACAAUGAAAAUUUGCAUGAUGGUAGAGAAUGACGUAAUCUAUGCAGUUGCAUUGGUAAAUUUCACUGAAUUCAUAUAUUUUUAUUUUAUAUGAAUUAAUUAUGCUAAUUUAUUCAUAAAAUCAUACUUUUUGCUCUGAUUCACUAAAUAAAGCUCCUAGAAUGCUAUUUUUUGGUGAAAAUAUUCUUUAUAACAUUCCUAACAAUUGUGAAUGAAAAAAUAUCUGGUACCAAGACCGAUUUCUUAUGUAUUUUAUUGUUUUUUUAAAUUUCUUAUGUAUUUCUUAGUUUUUUUACUUUUUGUUUUUUAUUGUUUUUUCGAUGGAAAUCGUUCCAGACUUAAUUCUGAUCAUAAACAAGGCAAAAUUAAUUAAGUUUAAUCAGUAAAAGUAGAAAUAAUGAUACAUUUAUGAAUUUUGGCUAAAUACACAAUUUGCAUUGGAUUUGUACAUGAAAUCACGUUUAUGAGCAAUUUUGGGUCUGACAUGCACUUACAUAAUGUUUUAACCGCGUACCCGGGCGUCACAAAUUUGGUCUCAAAAUUUGCGCGAGACUUGAAAGUAAAAAGUCAGUGAGCGGCGAGGUCAAAAAAAUUUCCGCAGUAGAUAUAUCGCGAAAAUUGUUGAGGGGGGGCAUUAUGGCCCCCCCCCCGGGAGAAUUAGGGUUAAUAUGAACCUAUUGAGAGUCCCAAAUAAUUUUCAUGGAUACAAUCCAAUCCAUUGUUAUAUAAAUUAUAUUUUAUGCCUGAAAUACAUCAAAAGUAGUGAUAAUAGAGUAUUGGGUCUCUGAAAAACACAUACAAAUUACCAUGAUAAUGAUAUAGUAACCCUUAGGUACAGUACUGUAUCGAUCAACUGACCUGACUUACAAUGGCUUAUUAUUAUCCAAAUAAAAAUCUCAUUGUUUACAGAGAUGAAGUUACCAUUAUUUUUCACUCUCUUGAAACUGGUCUAGAUGAAAGUUCAAAACCCCCAAAGAUAUUUCAUAGCUAUUUUGUAUGAGCUUUAAGUCAUUGAAGAUAACUGUGUGUUUAUUAUCGAUGCCCAAUUUAGAGGAUUCAGCAUGUUUUCUGGUUGUAUGCUAGAUACCGAAUAAAUUAGGGCUGUACUGUACAUCCUUGUGUAGAAGGUGUAUUAAGAGAGUAUGUGUUUGUUAAGAAUUUCAUGAACAUAUUAGCUGUAUUCAACCUGAUGAUUUUGGGUAUUCCUGCACCAGGGCAGUGCGGAUCUAGCCAGGUUGAACACAAUACCAUUUCAGGGACAAUAGUCGCCCUCUUAACAUUGUCUUAUCCGGCUAGAUCCGUGCAUACUAGGGUACCCAAAUUCUAUCAAAUUGGUCUGGAUCACUCUUACACAGUUACUAAAGAGAUUUCAGGCAGGACAUUGACAGGUUUUGUAUUCAGAUCUAUUGCUGAUAAGGAGCUGUCAGUUUUCUUUUAGAGCUUUUACGAGGUUCCAGACUCGUUCUGCUGUACUGUCUUGUUUUAUUUCUCUUUAAGAUUUAUAUUUCUCAUUGCUUCCAUGCAUUUUAAUAAUGGUAUGAAUCAUUGUAUAACAAUUAUGUAAAUCAUCAAUUAUUAUCUUAAUAUGAUGACCUGACAUAAAAAUUUAUUAUUAUAGUAUGACAUUUCAGCCCUUAUCUAAUUAUUAGUGGAAAAAAAUAUGACUGGCAGAGAUUUACAAUUACCGUACUGUGUACACUACGAGACAUACAUGUAUAUUUAAAUGUCUAUUAAAACGAGAGUUUUUAAACUUAAA